AUGAAUAAACAAAAUCAACAUGAUAAAAAACGUAAAUUUAUACAACAUAAAAAUAAUAAUGAUGAUGAUGAACAAAUUGAAAAAACAUUAAAUUAUUUUGAUUCAAUUCUUAAUGAAUAUUUAUGUGAUCAAGAUAUAAGAGAUGAAAAUAAAAUUGAAAAAUCUUAUUCACGAAUAAAAUCAUCAAAUAAUAUUGGUAUUCAACAAAAUAAACAAGAUCUUCGUGGUAUUAAAUCUGCUCAAACAAAUACUUCUUCUACAAUAACUUCUCAAGGUUCAAUUCAUAUUCAAGCUUUUCAUUCAAAUCAAUUUCAAAAUAUUCGUGAUCGUUUUGAACAAAUGAUAUCAGAUGAACGUAUAAAUAAUGUUCGUCAUCAUACAUCAGAAAAUAAUCUUAAUCAAAUAAGUUCAUCAACAAAAUCAAUAACAAAAGAAAAAAUUUCUCAUCCACAACAUUUACAAACAAUAGCAACAUCAACAGAAGAUUUAUUAAUAAAACCAUUAUCAAAAAAUGUUCAAUCUCAUCAACGUUUAUCUCUUUUAAUUGAUAAAACAAAUUAUUUAACAUCAAAUAAUAUAAGUGCUAGUUUAAUUGAUUUAACUUCGAUUGAUAAAUUAUCAUCAAGACCACGUUUUCGUUUUGUUCCACCAUCAAAUGAAAAUCAAAGAUUAUUAUCAGAACAUAAUAUUGAACAACAAACAAAUCAAAACUAUGAUCAAUAUCGUUUAAAAACAAUACCACAAGAACACAUAUUACUUAAUAAUCAAAAUAAAUGUUCACAUAAAAUAGUUAAACCAAUUGUAAUAAUACCAUCAAUACCAAAAUCUGUACCUAUUACUCAUUUAACAGAAACAAAUAUUCAUUAUGAAAAUGGAAAAAGUGCAUUUAAACCACCUCGAUCAAGUAAAAUUGAUAUUUCAUCAAAAAUUGAACCAACAUCACCAUCAUUAAAUAAAAAUCAUCUUGAAUCAAUACAUCAAUCAAAUCUACAUGUUGGAAUAACAAAUCCAAAUAAUCAAAUAUCUGAUAUUAAUUUACCAAAUCGUCAAAAAAAAUUCAUACCACAACAUCAUCAAUCAAUACCAAAUCUUUCUUCAAAAGGUAUAUCAGAAAAAGUUAAUACAACUAUAUUUCCAUCACAUACAUCAGAUCAAUCAACAUCAUCAAAUUUUAUGAAAUCACAACCAUAUGCUUCACAAUCAAAUAAAUUAAAUGGAUAUCAUCCAUAUCAACUUUCAGCUAGUUCUAAUGAUACGAUUCCAAAAUGGAUUCAACAAGGUAAUAAUAGUAGUAGUUUUAAUGGUCUAACACAUUCAUCAUAUAAUCAAUCGUUUAUGAAUGGAGGAGAAAAUCGAUCUCAACAACAAGCUCAUUCGUAUGGUUCUUAUAUGCCAACAUAUCCUGGUAUUUCACAAAUGAUGAAUGGUUCCGAUCAUGUUCAUCAUCAACAAACAUAUUCAAAUCCAGUAAAUACACAUAAACAUAUUUCUUCACAACAUUCAGCUCCUAUUCAAUCUAAUUAUCAUCCUUCAUCACCUUUAACAAGAAAUGAAAUCUUUUCACCACCAUCAUCUAAUGUAUAUAAUUUUAAUCAAAGUAAUAUUUCUAGAGAAGGACAAUCAAAACGUAAUUCACAUCGUCAAAAUGUUAACGUCACAAGUUAUCUUUAA